UAGCUGUCAAGUGUAACCUAGAUUGUAAAAACAAUUGAUAUUAUUGGUGUUUUCGAUGCCAAUUUUGUUAUCUGUCUCAUCUACAGAUUCAGGUUUUCGAAAACAGGUUUGAUUCCCAGUCCCAUUUCGAUUGUUUGUGAGAACUUGGUUCCUCGGAGAUUUUUAAAGGUUGAUCAACAUGUCCCGAAUUAAUUUGGAUGAGCCGAGAUGGGACCAAUCUACUUAUGCCGGGCGUGCCCGACAUUUCUUCACGGUGACCAAUCCCAUGAAUCUCUUUUGUACCUCGGCCCAAUUGGAUUGGUCCAGAGAGGUGGUCACCAAAUACAGAACCGGUGAAAAAUUGGACCUGUCCGAUGACGAGAUCUGGAAGGCCAAACACAUGUACGAUUCAGCCUUCCAUCCGGAUACGGGCGAGAAGAUGCUCAUCAUCGGCCGCAUGUCGGCUCAAGUGCCCAUGAACAUGUCCAUCACGGGCUGCAUGAUGACCUUUUACCAAACCACGCCACAGGUUGUGUUUUGGCAAUGGAUGAAUCAAUCCUUCAAUGCUCUGGUCAACUAUACCAACCGUGCCGGGGACUCGCCCAUCUCCCAGAACACCUUGGUCACAUCGUAUUUGGCCGCAACGGGCGGAGCUCUGGGUACGGCCUUGUCCUUGAACGCUAUGGUGAAGUCCUUGCCUCCUUUGGUAGGCCGUCUCGUUCCAUUUGUGGCCGUGUCAGCUGCUAACGCUAUUAACAUUCCCAUGAUGCGGAGAAGUGAAUUGGAGCAAGGUGUGCCCUGCUUCACUCCCACCGGUGAGAAAGUGGGUCUCUCGCCCAAUGCUGCCCGUGAAGGCAUCACCAAAGUGGCCUUGAGUCGGGUGUGCAUGGCAGCUCCAGGGAUGGUCAUCAUCCCGUUGAUCAUGAACAGUCUAGAGAAGAGAGGCAUCUUGGCCCGUUAUCCUCGGAUCAAUGCGCCCCUACAAAUCGGGUUGUGCGGCAUCAUCCUCACAUUUGCCACCCCAUUGUGUUGUGCCAUUUUUGAGCAGAGGGCCUCCAUUCACGUGGACAAAUUGGAACCGGAACUCAAGGACAAAUUGAGGGCGCUCAAGAGCUCUACCGAGUAUGUGUACUACAAUAAAGGCCUUUAAAGCCGCUUCCAAAUGGAACAAACGGACUGGGCAAUGCAAGACUGACUCAAUUGGAUCUUAGUGAAGUGCCUCGACAGAAUGGGUCGCAUUCAGAAGACGAAUCCGAGUUGAAUCGCUUGAUAAACUUCCACCCUCAGCUUAUGACUUCAAAUAUAUAUAGCAAUAACUAAGGACUAAACGAUAUCGACGAUAUGGAUUUAGGCUAUUAGACAGGACAGGAAAAAGCUUGUUUUUUUCCCGAUAAGGCAAUAAUAUAGCAGGGAUUACGUGAAUAUAUUUGAACCCGAAGUGGGUUAUCUUUA